ACGGAAAUACUCUUUUUUUACAAUCAAGUCGGCGUCUGUUUUCUUCACAUUCCUUGCGCCCCCCGGGGAGACACUGGGCUGAGAGCCAAGAAGAAGCGGCAUCGGUGUUGGCUGCAGGUUUCCGCUGAUGCCGACUAAGGCUAUCCAUUACUAAAUUCUUCUAUUUUUCUCCUACCAUCUCCCUUGAUUCAACUCUCUUUUCGCUACUUUGUCAUUCGUCCUCGAUCAUAUAUUCCCUUUUGGGUCAUAACCGGUAAGCGGGGGUGUCAAGGAGGGCCCCAAGGGCUCUCAUAAUUUUAGUGAUCGGGGGCAAAACAAAAACAUCCCACACCUAAAGGACACUUUUUUGAAGUAUGAGCUUGGUCUUGACAAAGUCUUUGAGCAAACACCAUUUAUUUGUAAAAGCCCAAAAGGUUAUAUUUUCCAGUCUUUGCAUGACUGAUUUUAGUUCGGCUGAGAUUCUAUGUGGAAACCAUUACCCCCUUGACUAUAUACCUACCUACCUACCUACACAGUUAACUCCCUUACACGCCCCAGAAAUGAACACGGAGCAGGCGGCAAAGCUGCCAACACCCGACGACCCCAGAUGGUUUACGGGCGCUUACAACAGCACGAUCGAAGAGUUGGGUGCACAGCUGAUCCAGGAGGAGCUCGGCCGGAAAUCGUCCAACAUGGAAUCGAUACCAGAAUCAAGACAAUUACCAGCGGUACACCAGUCCACCAUGACGGCAGACGGCGUCACGGUCUUUUUCCGCCACGCCGGGCCCGAAUCGCCCACGGCACCCACCAUUGUGCUGCUGCACGGCUUCCCCAGCUCGUCCUUUAUGUUUCGCAACCUGAUACCCCACCUCGCCCUCGCCGGCUACCGAGUCUUUGCUCCCGACCUGCCCGGCUUCGGCUUCACCGACGUCGACCCGGCUCGCGGCUACCACUACACCUUUCAAAACCUGGCCGCCACCUUCGAGGCCUUUGUGGACGCCCUGCACCUGCGCCGCUUCGCCCUCUACGUCUGCGACCUCGGCGCCCCCGUCGGCCUGCGCUUCGCCCUGCGCCGGCCCGACGCGCUCGCCGCCCUCGUCACCCAGAACGGCAACCUCUACCGCGAAGGGCUCGCGCGGCCCUUUUGGGCUCCCUUCGAGGCCUACUGGGCCCAGCCCACGCCGUCGCACUGCCCGCCCGCCCGCGACGCCCUGCGCUGCCUGGUCGAGUACCCGGCCACCAGGUGGCGGUACACGCAGGGCAGCCCCUCGCUGGCGCGGAGGGUGUCGCUCGAGCCCUGCGAUCUGGACCAGACCCUGCUCGACAGGCCCGGCAUCAAGGAGGUGCAGCUGGACCUGUUCCACGACUACCGCUCCAACGUCGAGCUCUACCCGGCCUUUCAGCGGUACCUGGCCCAGUCCGUCGUGCCCGUGCUGGCCGUCUGGGGCCGUCACGAUCCCAUCUACACCCCCGACGGCGCGGUUGCCUUCAGGAGGGACGUGAGGGACAUGGAGAUUCGGUGGAUAGACGCCGGCCACUUUGCGCUAGAGGGGAACGAGGUCGACGUCGCCGGGGCCAUGUGCGAGUUCUUUGACACUUAUUAUAUAUUCAGCCCCUUGGCUGCGUGAGGACGGCUGUGGCGUUGAUUGGUUGUCAUCAUGGUGGAUUUUCUUUCGAAGUUGCUUUUUUCCCUAAUGGUUUUACGAUUUUGGCAUAUUAUUCCCACCAUCGAGCGGGGCGGGAAAGUCUCUUGGUUUCUAUUCAUUUUGGGAGUUUGGGAGUUUUUGGGGGGAAACAGGUUGCAUACACGGGGUGUACGGGCUAUACCAAAGGGCUAUCAUUUAUUUUUCCCACUUUCAUCCAUCUGCUUACCAUCUCGAAUUACCUAAACAUUGAAGAUUAAUGACGAGUCUGGGUCUGACGGACCAGCCCAUAACUAAUUCUAAGCUCCUUGAUCC